UUAUAGGAUAUAUUUCUAAACAAGCAUGUUACUCCUUAAUUUAGCAGGGUAUGCCAUUUGUCAUACAUCUCCCCACUCUACCCAGAAUGCAUUGUUGUUCUAGAAUCUUCCAUCAUGUGCCUGUUACAGUAAGCUGUAUUCCAUUCUCAUUGAAUAAAGUAAAGAAUAAUUAAAUUAACAACUUAAUUUCAAUUAUUUCACCCAAAAGGUUAUGGGCCUUUAGUUUUACAUUUAAGAUAUUAGUGAUAGCAAGUUUCGGGUUAAAAUGUGCAAUUUUUCGCCAGUGCAUGAAGUCGAAGUCUAACCUAAACGUAGUUCUGCCAGGACCCUUGAAUUAUUGCAAUCAAUAAUCAUGAAUGAUAAUGUGAAAUUUAUCAAUGUGCCAGUGUUCUCCGGCACUAAUUUCAACAACUGGCAAUUCAGGAUACGCUCGAUCUUGGAAAGAGAACAACUUCUCGACGUAGUGGACAACGACCCAGAAGCAGAUGCUGUUGCCAAAAGUAAGAAGGAUUUUGAUGUUUUAGAUGCUAAAGCCAAAGCUAUUGUCAUACAGGGUAUCAAAGACAAGCACUUGGAUAUCAUCAAAGACUCCAAGACUGCCAAGAAAAUGUUGGAAGCAUUAAAAGCUGUCUUCGUCAGAAACAGUGCCUUUUCGAAAUUGACUCUGUGGCGUAAAUUACUCACGUUGAAAU